AUGGAAGCCUUCGUCGCGAGCAACUCCGCCUCUUGGGCUCCGGCGCUGCGCGGCACUGACGGGCCAGGCUUGGCCCCAAAAGUCCCCAACACACCAAGCGGAGGCGCGCGAGGAGCCGCACUGGGCGUGGCGGCAGUGAGCGCUUGGGCAUGUGUGGCCCCACGCACAAGCCGGCCACGCAAGACGAAGCUGGCAGCCCGUGGUGGUGAUGUCGCUGAGGUCAUGCCCACGACAGAGAUUAAUUACUACAAGUUGGACAAGAUCAAUACCGUGACGAUCACGACUUCGAUGCGGCUGGCGAUCCUGAUGGCCAAUGUUUCCGAGUGCAUCAUGACAGACAUCACUCAGGACCUCAGGGGAUUUGAGGAGAGGCUGGGCAAUUCCCCUCGACACCUGGAGGCUGUGAAGGAAGUGAGUAAGCGUCUUCCAGCGGAGGUUUAUGCCAGGUACAUGGAGAACGCUGCUCACCUGGAAGAUGCAGAUCCGCAUGCUGUGUACCCCACUUCGAUCUACAGGCAGUGCGACGCCCAGACCUUAGCCACGAAGGACGCAUCCACUAUCGAGGCUGUGAUGAGCACUACCAUCACCACCACCAUCAAGAUUGCUCGGAAGGUUUUGGACCCCUCCAACCACUUGCUCUACGAUGUCUACAAGCCCCUUGGCCGGUGCGUGGCCGUGGUCGACGACAAGGUGGACGAACAUUACGGGGCGGAGAUCGACCAGUACUUCGCGGCCCACAACAUCGAGUUUACCAAGCUGGUUUACAGCGGCAACGAAGUCGACAAGGGCAUUGAGGACGUCGAGAGGAUUCUGAUAGCAAUGAAGAAGUAUGCCCUGGGCCGCCAUGAUCUGGUGGCCAAGUACCCGCGCGCCGGGCGUGGUGUCGAGGAGCACUGUGUGGACGUGGGCCUAGAG